CUCAGCUUAGCGCGGACAACUUCCGCCUCGAUUCCUUAGUCAAAGGUCUCACGCCCCGUCUGAUUCAAAAGCUUAACGUUAUAGCCAACAUAUCUGCCACAGUCUGACUCCUCUUUUGCUCUUGUCCCGUGCCUUUGUUCUUCUUGCGACAAACUUAAUAGAGGUGCACCUUCCUUCUGUUGUCAACUCUGCCAAACGCGUACAACCCGGAUAUACCAACGCAUCAUGAAGUUCUCCCACGCAGUCGCUGGCUUCGCUGCUACGGCACAUGCCUUGAAUCCCAAGUUCAACAUCUUCGGCGACAACGACCAUGCCGACGUCAACGCUCCUCAUAGGAUUCCCACGGCCCGUGAGUCUGUUGUCAUGGCGCGUCGCAUCCUUGCUCUCACCAAGAUCGCCACCCUCUCGACUGUUUUCCCGUCAGGCCACCCCAAUGGGGAUCUUGCCAUCGAUGAGAACCGCCCGACCGGACUCGAAGGCGUACCUAUUGGUAUGAUGGAUUAUGUGGCAGAUUGCGAGGAUGAAGGCAACCCUACCAUUCUCGAAAUUAAGAUCGCAACAACGUUUAGGAACGUUCGCGCUGGAUCAAACCUUACCCUCUCCAUGAACUGGGUCCCGCCCUAUCCGCCAGCCAAACGCAUUUCCUUACUCUCUCGUCUCUCGGCAUAUAUUCCCUUCCUCCCUGGCUACGACUACAACAGCCGUGCCGAGGAGUCGUCUUCCACCCCUGAUACCGUUCCUUACUCAGCGGCCAAUCUGCCCCGGUUCGCCCUUUUUGGACACCUGGAGCCCAUUGAAACCACACCCGUAUCAGCUGUCAAGCUUGCAGCAUGUUUUACGCGCAAGCAUCAAGACGCCAAGUACUGGCUGCCAGGUAAUGUCAUCCAUGAGAGCUCAUGGGCGCGCCUGGUUGUGACCAAGAUCUACUGGGUUGGCGGCUUUGGCGACCGAGCGCGAAUUGGCUGGCUGCCUGUUGACGAAUGGAAGAGCGUUACCAGAGAUGAAUGGGAGAGCAUCAAGCUUCCCGGUGAGGAGAGAGGUUGGAGUGAGUGGUCAGUCAGCUCUGCGGGAGAACUGUAGAGGUGGCAUGACCUGACUUUUCUUGGGAACACUCGUUACGUUUUAUUGUUUGACUUUGUGGUGGGUUUCGGGCCGGAGCAUUCUUUUGCAUACGGUUGGAAGGUAGUCUAUAACUUUAUCAUGGCUUUGAUUAUAUACAUGGGAAAGAUUGCUUUUGCAUAGUCAGCCGGGGACAGCUUCAGGAUAUCAGAAACAUUAACCGCUGGAAACACAAGAGAUGAAAUUAGUAGGUCAGUGUAUGCCACUUAGAUCUGACUUCUUCGAUUAUGUAACUUUUAUACCCUAAAUCAUAGAGGCCAGCCUUUCUGUCACCCACUAGGACGGCAAUAGAUUGACAAGGUGCUCUGUAUCACAGGCCCAUUUUGUGUCUCACAGUUUGUUUUUUAUCGUUAGCAACUUGCAGCAUUCUCCACGGAAUUGCCUUGAGCAAAACAUGCAGAUAGCCGAAUUGACCAAUCUUGAAUACCGUGCAGCUGUUUCACUUGGCUUAGUU